UGCCUCAUUCAGCAGUGAGCGCGCGCACUGGUUUAUAGAGAAUUUCACGUGAGAACGCGACAAACCAUCACUCGCAUACACUGUAGCCUAAUUCUCUCCUCUCACUGCGCCACAGAAUAGGUAACGGGUGGCAUUUCUGCAUCUUUUUCCAAAGCUGGCACGCAUUCGACAACAUUACGAUGGUAGAUUUUGGCAUUCUUCAUUUUUCUCUGCGCUUCGUCCCUACUUCAUGCCAAAGCGGUGAUUGCAGUGGAUGGGCAGAACGUGCCAGGCUUCGUUUCUAAUCCAGAAAGUGCCCGUCUGCUCGGGGAUCUCGCGCUAAGAAGAUGUAAGGACCAAAACAAGCCUUUCCCCCCCAAACCAGCAUCUUCUUCACAAAAAUGCAGAAGGGAAUUCGACUUAAUGAUGGUCAUGUCACCUACCUUGGUCUUUUGGCAAAGAAAGAUGGCACGAGGCGAGGCAGCUUAAGCAAAAAGAGCUCCGACAACACAAAAUGGCAUACCAAGUGGUUUGCUCUGUUGCAAAAUAUGCUUUUUUAUUUUGAGAGCGAGUCCAGCUCGCGACCCUCGGGAUUAUACCUGUUGGAGGGAUGCGUGUGUGACAGGUCGUCCUCUCCCAAACCUUCGGUGUCUGCCAAGGAGUGCUUAGAAAAACAGUAUUAUUUCACAGUCAGCUUCAACCAUGAGAAUCAGAAGGCUCUGGAGCUUCGUACAGAAGAUGUUAAGGACUGUGAUGAAUGGGUGGCAGCAAUAUCACAUGCCAGCUACAGAAACCUGGCCAAUGAGCAUGAAACGCUCAUGCAGAAGUACCUCCAUCUACUCCAAAUCGUGGAGACCGAGAAAACAGUUGCUAAGCAACUUCGACAACAGAUAGAAGAUGGGGAGAUUGAGAUUGAACGUCUAAAAUCAGAGAUUGCAGGAAUGCUCAAAGACAAUGAGAAGAUUCAGUCGAAUCCCACCACGGCACCUAGCGAUGAUGAUUCAGAAAUCAAGAAAAUCAAGAAAGUACAAAGCUUCUUGAGGGGUUGGAUGUGUCGGCGAAAGUGGAAGACCAUCAUUCAGGACUACAUCCGUUCACCACAUGCAGAAAGCAUGAGGAAGAGGAACCAAGUCGUCUUUAGCAUGCUUGAAGCAGAGGCUGAGUACGUCCAACAGCUUCACAUCCUUGUCAACAACUUCUUGAGACCGCUUCGCAUGGCUGCCAGUUCCAAGAAACCACCCAUAACACAUGAUGAUGUCAGCAGCAUAUUCCUCAAUAGUGAAACCAUAAUGUUUCUGCAUCAGAUUUUCUACCAAGGGUUGAAAGCUCGAAUAGCAAGCUGGCCAACAUUAGUCUUGGCUGACCUAUUUGACAUCCUGUUGCCCAUGCUGAACAUCUACCAGGAGUUUGUACGUAACCACCAGUACAGUUUGCAGAUCCUGGCCCACUGCAAGCAGAACCGUGACUUCGACAAGCUGCUUAAACAGUAUGAAGCCAAGCCUGACUGUGAGGAGCGCACGCUGGAGACGUUCCUCACUUACCCCAUGUUCCAGAUUCCUCGUUACAUACUGACCCUCCAUGAGCUGUUAGCGCAUACACCGCAUGAGCAUGUGGAGAGAAACAGCUUGGAUUACGCCAAGUCAAAGCUGGAGGAGCUUUCCAGAAUCAUGCACGAUGAGGUUAGCGAGACGGAGAACAUUAGGAAGAACCUCGCUAUCGAGCGGAUGAUCGUGGAGGGCUGUGAGAUUCUCCUAGACACCAGCCAGACCUUUGUCAGACAAGGAUCUCUAAUACAAGUGCCCAUGAGUGAGAAGGGCAAGAUCACCCGCGGCCGACUGGGCUCUCUGUCUCUGAAGAAGGAGGGAGAGAAGCAGUGUUUUCUCUUCUCCAAGCAUCUGAUUAUCUGCACUAGAGGCUCUGGAGGAAAACUACACCUAACCAAGAAUGGAGUGGUUUCGCUCAUUGACUGCACACUGAUAGAGGAACCAGAGGGCACAGAUGAUGAGUCCAAGUCAGACAAGGGUGGUCAGGACAUGGAGCACCUGGAUUUUAAGAUUGUGGUGGAGCCCAAAGACAGCCAGUCCUUCACCAUCAUCCUGGUGGCCUCCUCGCGACAAGAGAAGUCGGCCUGGACCAGUGACAUCAGCCAGUGCAUAGAUAAUAUUCGUUGUAAUGGGCUGAUGAUGAACGCCUUUGAGGAGAACUCUAAAGUCACUGUGCCCCAGAUGAUCAAGUCUGAUGCCAGUCUGUACUGUGAUGAUGUGGACAUCCGCUUCAGUAAGAUGAUGAACUCGUGUAAGGUGUUGCAGAUCCGCUACGCCAGCGUGGAACGCCUGCUGGAGAGGUUGACUGACCUGCGCUUCCUCUCCAUUGACUUCCUCAACACCUUCCUGCACUCCUACCGUGUGUUCACCAGGGCAGACGUAGUCCUUGACAAACUCAUCACCAUAUACAAGAAGCCUAUCAGUGCCAUACCAGCCCGAUCCCUGGAGCUAUUUUUCGCAAGCAGCCAGAACAACAAGCUCCUCUACGGAGAGCCACCUAAGUCGCCCCGUGCCAGCCGCAAGUUCUCCUCCCCACCCCCGCUGGCCAUCACCAAGACCUCGUCCCCCAACCGCCGCCGCAAACUGUCCCUCAACAUCCCCAUCAUCACCGGUGGGAAGGCUCUGGACCUGGCUGCCCUUAGCUGCUCCCCCAAUGGCUAUGCAAGCAUGUACUCAACCGUGUCCCCUUUCAGCAAGACCACGCUGGACAUUAACAAGCUCUACGUGUCCAGCCCCAUCACCAGCAAGAUUCCUGAUGAGGGCGAAGGCAAAACGGACAAAGCUGAUGAGGUUUCGCUGAGCAAACAGGACAUUUCAGUGAGGGAGGAAAGCGACCACGACCAGAUCCAGAGUGAUGAGGCAGAGGCUGAGGUGUCGCCCACCAAAUCACCCACCACUCCCAAAAACGUCAAAUGCAAAAACUCCUCAGAAUUCUCUCUGUUCUCGUACAAUAAUGGCAUGGUGAUGUCAUCCUGUCGGGAGCUGGACAACAACCGUAGCGCCUUGUCUGCUGCUUCUGCCUUCGCCAUUGCCACUGCAGGUGCCAACGAGGGCACACCAACCAAGGAGAAGUACCGCCGCAUGUCUCUGGCAAGCACAGGGUUCCCCACGGAUCAGAGGAACGGAGAUAAGGAAUUUGUGAUUCGUCGAGCAGCAACUAACAGAGUUCUCAAUGUCCUCAGGCACUGGGUGUCCAAACACUCGCAGGACUUUGAAACCAACACUGAGCUCAAAAUGAAAGUGAUUAGUUUCCUGGAGGAGGUGAUGCAUGAUCCUGAACUCCUGACCCAAGAAAGGAAAGCUGCUGCCAACAUCAUCAGAACAUUGACACAGGAGGAUCCUGGUGACAAUCAGAUCUGUCUGGAGGAGGUGCUGCAGAUGGCGGAAGGAGGAAAGUCAGAGCCUUACGAGAAUCAUUCGGCUCUGGAGAUCGCAGAACAGCUCACCCUGCUGGACCACCUUGUUUUCAAAGUCAUACCAUAUGAGGAGUUUUUUGGUCAAGGAUGGAUGAAGAACGACAAAAAUGAGAAGACACCUUACAUCAUGAAAACGACAAAACACUUCAAUGAUAUCAGUAACCUGAUCGCUACAGAGAUCCUGCGCAGUGAGGAUGUGAAUGUACGGGUAGCAGUGAUAGAGAAGUGGGUGGCAGUGGCCGAUAUCUGCCGCUGCCUCCAUAACUACAAUGCCGUGCUAGAAAUCACCUCAUCCCUCAAUCGCAGCUCCAUCUUCCGUCUGAAGAAGACCUGGCUCAAAGUGUCCAAACAGACCAAAACAGUCAUUGACAAGCUGCAGAAGUUGGUCUCAUCUGAAGGAAGAUUCAAGAACCUCAGAGAGGCCUUAAAAAAUUGUGACCCUCCAUGUGUGCCAUAUUUGGGAAUGUACCUCACUGAUUUGGCCUUUAUUGAGGAGGGAACGCCCAACUACACAGAGGACAACCUGGUCAAUUUUUCCAAAAUGAGAAUGAUUUCCCAUAUCAUCCGUGAAAUCAGGCAGUUUCAGCAAACGGCAUACAAGAUUGACUACCAGCCAAAGGCAGCACUGUAUUUACUGGACGGAAGCUCAGUAAUGGAUGAAGAAGGCCUGUAUGAAGCCUCACUCAGAAUUGAGCCUAAAGUGCCCAACUGAGAGAGGCUCUGCCUAACGUCUACACAAUGUACAGACACCAAGCUCUCUACAGUGUACAUCCAUGUGUUCUGUUUUGUAACAUGAUUAUAACUCCUGGAUGUGUUUCCUUGUUUUUAGUCGUAACCAAAUGUUGGGUAAUUGUUUUAGAUCUUUCACCGUUGAUUUCAGCCUAUGUUUUUUAGAGAAUCAUAUAUUUUCUGAAUCCAAAGUAUGCUUUUAACAGUACUUACAAUGGGAUAUAAUCCUAGUUCAAGGUGUGGUUGUCUGUUUAAUUGAUCAGGCUCAUCCAGAUCACCUUAAUAAAAUAUGAAACACUGGGAGGAGCAUUUUGAGAUUUAAAUAGAUGCAUGUAACUAAUUUACAGUAUAUGCAUACCAUGUAGCAAUGUGGAAAGCAGAUAUAUUACUGUAUACAACCAAGCAUAUAGAAACACUUAUACUGUUAUACUAUUAUAUUCCAUUUCACUGUACUUCGCAGAACCAAGUCCAGCAUUUUUCAUCUAUUUGUUGCGAUAAUUAACAUCCAAUUAACAACAUUAACAGUUUUGGCAUGACUUAAUAAUAAAGCAAACAGUGAAUAGCUUGGUAAUUGUAUUACAUUAAAAAAGACAUAGGAUAUGUCUUCUGUUGGCCAAUAAGGACUUUGAUCUGUCUUUGCAUGCAACAUUUAUUUUGCAGAAAAUUUGUAAUGAUUUCCUCAGCCCUAAAUUAUACAGUUCAUUCACAUAAAGAAGCAAGAUCUGCAAUUAUAUAUAUAUAUGCAGAUCUUGCUUCUUCAUGUUAAGAAACUUUUUUUUAAACUGGUUGUUUUGUGUGAUUGUUUACCCAUGUAAUGUUUCCGUUGCUCACAGCCACUUUUUGCAUUUUGGGAAAAUGUAUUCUGGGUUCAAAGUAUCCUUCUACAUCAGAUUAUCCAGCCAUUGUACAUUUACAGACAAUCUAUGUCCUUCUUGCUGUUCCAGUGAUUGUGGAACGUGACUGAAUAUCACUUUGUAAAAUGCAUUGUCGUUUAAGAGUAUGAUCAAAAGUGAAUGACCUUCCCGCUUGCAGCAUUCAAAGGGUAUUUUUGUAGUCCUAGAAUAAAGACGUAGGGGUUCUGCAUCCUUAUCUUAAAAAAGAAAGGGGGAAAAAAUGACCGUAGAAACAUUUUUGUACAAACGUUGUCAACUUGCCACACAGAAAUGUAUUCUGUAUAUUUUGUACAUGCAGCCCAAUAUAUUUCUUAACAUACUAGUUUAAAGCACACCUCUUUAAAGUGUUGUAUCCUAUGCUUACACACUCAAUGCUAUAUGAUUUGUGAUUUUGAAACCAUGAUCUAGAGGUAGAGGACUUUAAAGUGUUUUUGCAUAUACUGUAAUCCUGUCUAUAAUCAUUCUCUUAGCAGGAAUAUAGUAAUGUAGUGCUUAUUCUGUGAAUAUUUGUAUGUAUUUUUACUAUGUACAGUCUGGAAACACACUAAAUGCAGGCAUGCAACACUGUAUCAGCCAGAAACUUUAAA